AUGAGCAAAAAGCUUAAUGUUGGCGUGGUUGGUCUUGGAAGGAUAGGCCAACGUCAUGCCAGCAAUUUGUUGCAUAGGGUACCCAGGGCACGUCUCUUUAGCGUGUGCUCACCUGCACCGGCAGAAGUCGAAUGGGCGCAGACGACGCUCGAGCCAGAGGGUGUGAAAGUCGUCUCGGAAUUUAAUGAAAUGAUUGACCUUCCCGGGUUAGAGGCUGUGAUUAUUGCCUCGCCUACCCAUUUACAUAUGGAACACACAUUGGCUGCAUUACAGCUUGGCAUACACGUUCUUUGUGAGAAACCUAUCACCACUGAUCUCGCCUCGCUUCGGAACUUGAUUGAAGUUACCCAAGGAGCCCCACACAUGAAGGUGAUGACUGGAUUUAUGCGUCGUUUCGAUUCAGAUUACCAAAGGGCUAUUCAGGCAAUCCAAUCGGGAUCGAUCGGUACUCCUAUUGUCCUCCGCUCUCAGGGAGCAGAGAAAUUGGACGAGAGUUCAGCCUAUCUUGAUUAUUUAUGCCACAGUGGGGGCAUUUUUGUCGACGCGGUUAUUCACGACAUUGAUCUCACUCUCGCGCUGUUGGGUGAAAGACUGGUGCCAAAGGCUCUCUGGGCAACAGGCGUUAUCUCGCACCAUCAUAAAAUCGGGGUUUCCGGUGAUGUUGAUAAUUCAAUCGGAGUCGUUGAGUUCUGGGGUGGGAAGGUAGCUUACUUUUACCAUUCUCGAACAAUGGCUCACGGCUACGAUAACUGCACGGAAAUUGUGGGUACGAAAGGAAAGAUAUCCAUCAACCUUGUACCUAACAGAGACAGACUGCAGCUGUCCAACUCUCUAGGAAUAUCUCAGGAAGCAAUUCCUGGCUGGCCUGAUCGCUAUUGUGAAUCCUUUGUGACGGAGCUCAAUGAGUUUACCGCAGUUGUCCUUGAUAAGAAAGAAGUUCCAUUCAAGCUUGAAUCCGCAUAUACGGGCCUGCAGAUAGCACUGGCUCUCCAAGAAAGUUUGCGAACUGGAAACAAAAUCAGCUUCGACAAGAACGGGACUCGACUCGCUGUUUCUCAGGAAUGA